AAGAGAACAGCUUCUAAGUCCUAUUUUGGGAAAAACCUAUGCUUUUGUCUUAGCAAUAGCAAUUUUCUCUUUUUUAAUUAAUCAAUAUUGUCGAUCAGAACUUCAUCUCUUUCUCUCAUCACAGGUCUACUGCCGCUGCCUCAAGAUCCAGUUACCGCUUCAGCUCUCACCAGGCCACUGCUACUUCAUCUCUUAUCGUCGGCCGCUGGUUCAUCUCUCACCCAUGAGUCAUGACCCAUCAUCUGCCACAGUUUCAUCUCCUCCUUCGUCGGCCGUUGCUUCAUCUCUCAAGGGCCAUCUCUGUAUUUCUUCUUCUUCUCUUUUUCUAUCGCCGAUGGGCGUUGUUAGUGAACGGUGGUUGGAAUCGAUGGGACGCGGCUAGGGUUUUAGAUGGGGCCGGCGUGUUAUGGUGGCACACGUCUAGGGAUUUAGAUCGUAGAGGCCGAGUUUCGAUUGGUGGGCAAUUACAGGCUUG